UUCUUUUUGUUUUCUGUUCCAUGGUUUCUAUGUUCUGUUCUUCUGUAAGGAAAGAUUUAUUGGAGUGGAAUGUCACUUGGGUUGAUUUUUUGUUAAUUGCAAUAUAUGAGUUAUUUUGGGUUAGUGGUGUCAUUUUGUUCUUUGGUUUUAAGUUAAUUUUUGUUUAAAAUUUUAGUGGUAAAGUUUAACAAUUUUUUUGGGUUUUGAUUGGUUAAUGGAGUAGAGGAUCAAGAAAAUCUUGUUCUUGUUAUUGCUUGUUUGCUGCUUUAUUUUUAUUUUUUCUUGUGCCGAGGGUAUCAUGAAAACAACUUAUCUCUAUACUCACCGUAAGGCUAAGGUCUCUAUAGUCAUUACUCUCCCCCAGAGCCUGUCUUUCUGUGGAAUUAUACUGGUUUGUUGUUGUUGUUGUUGGUUAAUGGAGUACUUGUUUCUUUUUUCUUUUUGCUGUGUUUUAUGGUUGUGGGAUAUGGUAGAUUUGUUAGUUGUCUGUUGUGGGCAUGUUUCUUUUCCCAUUAUUGAAUGUUUGGUAUGUCAACAAAAAAAUAUUGUUUGGUGUGUCCACUGCUGAUUUUUGGAUGGUCUUUUUUGCUGUUGUUUCACACAAUAUCAGUAUGUUUCUUUGAGCUGUUAACAUUAGUGACUGUAAUGGCUUUGAUGGCUAUGGUUUUCACACACACACAUAGCCCCACCAGACCAGUCCCACCUCCCAAAACAAGCACCUUUUUUGGUGUUGCCUUUGGCUUCUUAAUUGGCCUUCUUUUGUAUAUCUUGUUUAUUUUACACUUUCCACUCUUUCAUGAUUGGUCAGCUUUAUUCUUUUUCCCCCUCAUAUUUUCAUCUUUUUCUCAUACUUGCUUUACACUCUUGGUUUCCAGUGUCUUCUUUGUGAUUGCUACAGUUAGCUAUUCUCAAAACAUCAUGGAUGAUGAAUAUGAAAAAUUUAUCAGAAGAAUGAAUCCACCAAGAGUUGUAAUUGACAAUGAGUCCUGCAAAAAUGCCACUAUUAUACAGGUGGAUAGUGCUAACAAACAUGGAAUACUUCUAGAGGUGGUACAAGUUUUAACUGAUCUUAACCUUGUUAUUACCAAGGCUUAUAUUUCCUCUGAUGGUGGAUGGUUCAUGGAUGUUUUCAAUGUGACUAAUCAAGAAGGGAACAAGAUUACAGAUGAGGGAAUGUUGGAUUAUAUCAUGAAGUCUCUUGGUCCAGACUCUUGUUUCGCGUCAUCUAUGAGAAGAUCGGUUGGGGUUACCGCAGGAAUGGACCACACCUCAAUUGAGUUAAUUGGAAGUGAUAGACCCGGGCUAUUGUCUGAGGUGAGCGCUGUCCUUACCAACCUCAAAUGCAAUGUGGUAAAUGCUGAGGUGUGGACCCAUAACACCCGAGCAGCAGCGAUAAUGCAAGUUACUGAUGAGGUACAUGGAGGUGCAAUUACUGACCCGGAAAGGUUGUCUACGAUGAAGCAACUCUUGUGCAAUGUACUUAGAGGUAGCAAUAAAUUAAGGGAUGCUAAGACAAUAGUAUCCGAUGGGGUCUCUCAUACUGAGAGAAGGCUUCACCAGCUGAUGUUUGCAGACCGGGACUAUGAACGCACUACUGGUGAAGGAUUGGAUGAUAAAGAAAGGCCUAAUGUGAAUGUUAUUAAUUGGCAAGACAAGGACUACUCGGUUGUUACAAUCAAGUGCAAAGAUAGACCGAAGCUUCUCUUUGAUACUAUUUGUACAUUGACAGAUAUGCAGUAUGUGGUUUUCCAUGGCAAUGUUGAUGCUGAAGGACCACAAGCUCACCAGGAGUACUGCAUAAGACAUGUAGAUGGAUCCCCGGUGAAAUCUGACGCAGAGCGGCAAAGAGUGAUUCAAUGUCUUGAAGCAGCAAUAGAAAGAAGAGUAUCUGAGGGAUUGAAGCUAGAGCUAUGUACGACGGACAGAGUAGGACUACUAUCUGAUGUUACUAGGAUCUUCCGCGAGAAUAGCCUCACUGUCACCAGAGCGGAAGUGACAACUAGAGCAGGAAAAGCUCUAAAUAUUUUCUAUGUUCGCGAUUCCUCAGGGUAUCCUGUUGAUGCUAAGAUAAUAGAAUCUGUUCGUCAAACAAUUGGACAGACAAUACUUAGAGUGAAAGGCAACAUCGAAGAGUUAAAUCCAGUUCCACAAGAAUCUCCAACCAGGUUCCUUUUUGGUGGUCUAUUCAAGUCCAGAUCUUUUUGUAAUUUUGGUUUGGUUAGGUCCUAUUCUUGAAAACUUAGAUCAUAGUCCUCGUCCAGUGUACAUUCGAUUCCCUCUAUAUUAACCUACAUUCCCUUUUUCUAGGUUUAAGAUCUAGUUUAGCAAAGUUGAUUACUAUAUGAAGCUGUAACUUUGAGGUUUUAGAGGCAAAAAAGAUGACAGUUGUCUGUAAAUAUGUUUUCUUGAUCAUUCUGCUUUGUUCAUUAGUUAUGGAUUCAACACGACGUUGUCCAGUGAAGCAAACAACUGUGUCGAAAUUGGUACUUACAUGUUUAGUAGAUUUACUCUUUUGCUUUUAAUA